AUGCAGCUAAGCAGAAUACGUCAACUAAAGAAAUCUGAAGAAAAAGAUAAACGUCAACUAAAGAAAUCUGAAGAGCUAAUUGAAUUUAUAGUGCAUUACGGGGAUAAAAGCGUAUUUCCGAAUCUGCGCAUUUCAAUUCAAAUUCUACUCACAAUUGCAUUAUCCAUCGCAGGUUGUGAGCGAUCUUUGGCCAGGAAGGUACAAUCGUAA